UGAAGGUUACGUAGUAAUGUUCAAUGUCUUCAUUCAGUCCCGAACUUAUGCCGUAUUUGCGUACUCCAUUUGGAAUUUCUGUCAUGACAGGAAUAUAAAACACAUUUUCAAAGUGCUCUAGACGCCUAAGGUAAAAUCAACAAGGAAAUGUGCUUCAGACAUCAGCAUUCAUCUAUCAAACGAGCGAAAAAUGCCAAUUGGAAUUUCGACCAUACGAUCAAUUGCCUUAGUUACUGGCAAUAAAUAACAAUCUAUCAACUGGCUACCUGUUAUGAUUGGUAAAGUCGAAAAUCUUGCUGCAAAUAAGCUUCUGUAUGGAUUCAGAUUAAAGAGAUCCUUUGAAGUGGCCGAGUUUCGGUUACUAGCUGCUGAGCUUGAGCAUCAGAAGUCGGGUGCAAAAUACUUGCACUUGGCACGAGAUGAUCCCAACAAAACAUUCAGUGUUCAACUAAGGACUGUUCCUCACGACGAUUCUGGUGUUUCCCAUAUUUUAGAACAUACUGUUCUUUGCGGAUCCCAAAAGUAUCCUUGCCGUGAUCCGUUCAUGAAGAUGACCCAGAGAAGUCAAGCUACAUUCAUGAAUGCUUUUACUGCCAGCGAUUGGACUAUGUACCCAUUCAGCACGAUGAAUAAUACUGAUUUCCAGAAUCUUUUAAAGGUCUAUCUAGAUGCUGUUUUCCGACCUAAAAUCGAAGAGCUUGAUUUUAUGCAAGAAGGAUGGCGUUUAGAACCAGAAAACCUUAAUGAUAUGACAUCUAAUCUGGUUUUGAAGGGCGUAGUCUUCAAUGAAAUGAAGGGUGUAUUUUCUAACUCAUUGAAUCGUUUUGCUCAAACUGUCAAAAACAAGUUGUUUCCGCAAACUUACGGUUUUGUUAGUGCAGGGAGUCCAGAACGUAUUCCAACAUUAACCUACGAGUAUUUGAAGGAGUUUCACAAUAAGUAUUACCAUCCGAGCAACUCAUGUUUCUAUACUUAUGGUAAUGUAAACCUGGAACAAUGUCUUGAUUAUCUUGAUUCAGAGUAUCUCCAACAUUACGAUUUUUCAGGUCAAGACAACUCAGUACCAUUAGAAUGUAUAUGGGAUGAACCCAGAUUAGUUCAGUUGACAUGUGAACCAGAUCCAAUGAAUCCCCACCCAGAUCGUGAAUGCUGUGUAUCUCUUAGCUUCCGUUUGGAUGAUAUUUGCGAUGUUUACAAAAAUUUUGUGCUUGGAAUAGUUUGUAAUUUGUUACUAAAUGGUGAUAAUACACCUUUGUAUCGUGGUUUAAUUGAGUCAGGAUAUGGUCUAGACUGGAUCGACAGUGUCAGCGGAAUCGAUCGUGGAACUCGCACUACAAGUUUUCAUGUCGGGGUACAAGGUGUUCGUGCAAAUGAUCUGGAAAAAUUUCCCCAUAUAAUCAAUGAUAUAUUAUCCGAAGUCGUUCGGGACGGCUUUCCAAUGGAAGAAGUUGAGGCUACUCUUCAUCAGUACGAACUGGAAAUUCGUCAUGAGUCGGCUCGUUUUGGUUUAAAUCUUAUUCUAAACCUAUCCAACGCUGUUAAUCACGGCGUUGAUUUGAAUGAGUUCCUGAAAAUUGGAGCUAAUGUGGAUCGGUUUCGACAGGAAUGGACCAAAGAUCCGGCUAUACUUCAAAGUUUUGUUCAACAAUUCUUUCUAGAUAACAAACACAAACUGACAACUGUAAUGCGUCCUGAUCCAAACUGGAAGUCCAUAGAAGCCAAGAAGGAUGAAGAACAUUUGGAUCGUUUGACAAAGAACAUAACACCGUUAGAAAGGGAAAAAUUAGCACUGAAGGCUCGUCAACUCCUUGAAAAACAAAAUCAAGAAGAAGAUGUUUCAUGUUUACCGUGCCUCGACAUUUUCGACGUACCUUUGGAAUGCAGACCAGAACCGUUUACACUCACUCAAACAUCAGAUUUUCCUGUCCAGUUGAACGAAGCAGCAACUAAUGGUUUAUUUUAUUUCCAUGCUUUGGCUGAUUUGAAGGAUUUGCCUUGUGAACUAUUAUCUUACGUUCCACUGUUUUGUUCGUUGUUUACCAGAUUGGGAGCGGAUGGAAUGUCUUACUCAGAAAUGAGCCAAGCAAUCGAACUACAUACAGGUGGUUUCGAUGCUUCUCCUUUUGUUACACCUAAAAUACCGUCUUGUUCAAAAACUGAAUUUUCGUCUGCAUCUCGACAAAUUCAUUUGUCCAGUUAUUGUCUUGAAUCAAAAAUACCUAAUUUCUUUGAACUUUGGUCGAAACUUUUCCGUUCUCCAGAUUGGUCCGAUCAGGAGCGUUUAUCAACUCUGAUUCAAAUGUCAGCUGCAGGUGAAUGGUCAGCUAAUGCAAUUUCAGAUUCAGCCCAUGAAUUCGCGAUGUGUCGCGCAGCUGCCAGUCUUUCGUCAACUCGGCUUACUCAUGAACUCUGGUCAGGAAUUGAGCAAGCUAGAAUCAUGCAACAUAUUGCCGGCGAAAUCGGACUAGAAAGUGACAAACGAAGUGAUGUUCUUUCAAACAUUACUGAACGUAUGAAGGCGAUUUGGAGUUAUAUUACUUCACAUAAAAGACUGAAAUUCAGUCUUCAUGGGGAAGCUGAUGGUUUAAUGUCAGGAUUGAAGUACCUUGAUGGAUUUUUAAAUGAUUUAUCACAAUCACCAAAAGUGUCGACCAGUUUAUUGAUUGAAGACUCUCAAAAUCCAGAUUUUUUUCCAAAUAUUUCUCGGAAUACAUUUUUUGCAAUGCCGUAUACAGUGCACUAUGUUGCUAAGGCUAUUGAAGCUCCAAGUUAUGACUCUGAAGAUUAUGCAAGUUAUCGUGUCUUGGCUCAUUUACUGUCGUUUAAGUACCUACAUCGUGAAAUAAGGGAAAAAGGUGGUGCUUAUGGUGGGGGAGCUAUUGCCAAACCGGAAGCUUUCUUGUUUUACUCCUAUCGUGAUCCUUAUCCUCUCAAAACGCUAAGUAGUUUUGAAAAUGCUAUAAAAUGGGCCAGCUCCAGAGAAUUUCAAGAUCAAGAUAUUAAAGAAGCUAAACUUUCUGUUUUCCAAGAAUUGGACUAUCCUGUUUCAGCGGGUUCCCGCGGUCUAACCCAUUUUUUGAAUGGGAUCAGUGAUGAUUUGAGACAGUCACACAGAAACCAGGUUUUCUCUGUUGACGCAUCAAGAAUAAAGGAUAUCUCUGGAAAAAUGGUACAAAAAUUAUCUGAUACGUCAGAUUUUCAUAAUGUGGGUCGUGUGGUCAUAGGCCCAGAGAGUAGUCCGGACUGGAUUCAAGAUACUUUCGGUCAGGAUUCCAAAAUUAUAUGGGAACGUGUAAUAAUGAUGAUUUAGAUUUACUAAUACAUCUGUAAUGCAACUCAUUAAUUUAAUUUGGUAUUGUCUUUACAAAACUUAUGAGAUCACUUUAGAAGAUGACUCUAAAUUUCAUACACUGUACUUGAAGAAAUAUGUCACUAGUUUUCUCUGUCAUAUGUUAACAUUAUGUCUUCUCUCAUAUAAAGUUUACAAUUGUAUAGAAUUUUCAUGCUGCGAGUCAC